AUGGAUGAUGACGCUAGUUCAGAAUUACAGAAAUGUCUAUCAGAAAGUCCCAUGGAUACCGAUGAAGGCCCUCUUAUAAAUGAAAACUCCAAUGGAUUGUCGCAUCUUUUGACGGAAGGGGAAUUUAACAGUGUUGAUGCUGGUGUUGUAGAUGAAUCGUCAACAUCAAAUCAGGGAUUUCUGAAUGCAGUUGAAUUGUCUGCUGGCAGUGUAGGAGAUUAUUUAGAAAAUAACACCAGUGAAUUUAACACAGACACAUUCGAUGUUGGUGAUAAUGCAGUAAACUUUCCAAGUGAAUCUUUAAAUAACAUGCUUUCUGAUGGAGAUUCACAUCUGAGCGAUGCGAUGUAUAAAAAUAUGACGUCCGAUGUCGAAGGCGAUUAUACAGAUAGCCAAAGAACCAAAAUGGGAUCUGAUUUUGAGCAAGAUAUUUCUAGAGAUGUAUUAAAUGAUGCUAGUUUGUCAGUUCCAUCUGAACACCAUGAGAAUUUGAAAAUAGAGGACACUAAUUGCUCCAAUAAUGAUGCAAAAACAUGUGACCUAAGUGAUGAUGCGAGCCAAUCUAUUGUGGACCAUAUUUUGAGUGAGAAAAUGGAGGGAAAGGAAGCAAAGAAAAUAUUUGAAGAUGAAAAGUCUUCACCAGAUAAAGAAACUGAAGUCAUUCAAGAAGAGAAACAAACGGGUGCAUCAGAUGAAAACAAACAGACAGUUGAAACUGAAAAGACAGUUGAAACUAAAGAGGCAGUUGAAACUAAAAGUGCAAUUGAAAUAAAAGAGGCAGUUGAAACUAAAGAAGUAGUUGAAACUAAAGAGGUUGAGGAAACUGAAAAGAUAGCUGAAACUACUGAGACAAAAGAAGCUAAGGAGACAAUUGAUAUAAAUCAAUGCAAUAAAACUGCCACACAGAAAGAAGAUGAUACAACAUCUGAGGAGAAAGUUGGUGGUGCUGAAGAAACAGAAGUAGUGUCAGAGGAUGAACUACCAACGGUGCAAAAGCCAAGCGUAAAGGAUGCUGAAAAUGUAUCUGAUGAUGAACUCCCAGGACCUAAACCUGCAGAGCUUCCAGCUGACACCGAGGUAGUAUCAGAAGAUGAAUUGCCUUCAUCUAAAAAGGAUUCGAAGGAGUCACGCAAAAGAAAACCAGAUGAAGAAAAGGAUGGUUACGAUCCAGGUUCACCCACUUCUGAAAAUGAAUCAUCUUGUAAAAAGCAAGCUGUUGCGAAGAAUGGCGAAAGUAAACCAGUUCCUGUAGAAAAAAGGUUAUCUGUGGAUGAGAAACCAAAAAAGAAAAUUUUACCAGAGCUGGACAAAUAUUGGAAAGUUGUUAAUGACGACCCCACUGAUUUCACAGGAUGGACUUAUUUGCUACAAUAUGUAGAUCAAGAGAGUGAUGUGGAAGCUGCGCGAGAAGCUUAUGAUGCCUUCUUGUCGCAUUAUCCAUAUUGUUAUGGCUAUUGGAGGAAAUACGCCGAUUAUGAAAAACGUAAAGGAAGUAAAAAGAAGUGCCUCGAGUGCAUCGAGGCCAACGAUGUUCAUAUGGCAAAGUCGUCCGUUCGCAUCGGAGAGUUGUAUAACCCCAUUGAGUUAGCGAUGGAGGAGGCCGGCGAAGGGAAGAGUGCUUCAACGACCGGCGAGCGUGAACAGGUUUUGGAAAGAGGACUCAAAGCCAUACCACUUUCUGUGGAUUUAUGGAUACAUUACUUGAAUCAUAUAAAAGCUACUAGAACUGAAGAUCUUGCUUUCAUUAGAUCACAGUAUGAGAGGGCUAUAGAUGCCUGUGGAUUGGAGUUCCGUUCUGAUCGGCUAUGGGAGUCUUACAUCAAGUGGGAAGCAGAGAAUGGUACUGCUCUUAAUGUAACAAACAUUUACGACAGACUACUGGCCACUCCUACCCUUGGAUAUACUUCACAUUUUGAUAACUUUCAAGAGCACGUGAUGUCGGAGCCGGUGGCGGGCGUAGUGUCGCGCACGGAGCUGGUGCGGCUGCGCGGCGAGGUGCGCGAGAGCAGCGGCGCGCAGCCGCAGCUGGACCUGCCGCCCGGCGAGGACGCGCCCCGUGACCACAUCGCUUCAGAGGAAGAAGCUCAGGCGAUCAAAGAGCGGAUAAUUGCAGCCAGAAGGAAAGUACACAAAACUACUGGUGAGGAAGUAGCUGCUCGUUGGACCUUUGAGGAAGGCAUAAAGCGACCAUAUUUUCAUGUGAAACCCUUGGAAAGAUGCCAGCUCAAGAACUGGAAAUCAUACCUCGAGUGGGAAAAACAGCAUGGUACCUUUAAACGGGCACUCGUUUUGCACGAAAGGUGCCUUAUAGCCUGCGCUCUUUAUGAAGAGUUUUGGAUGAGGCUUGUAAAAUUCCUGGAGGAGCGUAUUGAAUCAGAACCGGAACUGAUAUCAGUUGAACGUGAGGUGUUAGAGCGUGCCUGCACAGUACACCAUCUGGAUAAACCUGAGCUUCAUUUACACUGGGCUCAUUUUGAAGAGGAACAUGGUAACCCGAGCAAGGCUGCAGAGAUUCUCGAUCGGAUAGAGAAGACCUGCCCCAAUCUUGUGCAGAUACAGUACAGACGGGUAAAUCUGGAGCGCAGACGUGGCGACUAUGACAAAUGCUGCCAAUUAUAUGAAAGCUACAUAGCGUCAGCAAAGAAUAAGCAGAUCGCUUCCGCUUUAGCGGUGAAAUACGUGCGAUUCCUGUUUCACAUUAAGCGCGACGCGUCGGCAGCGAAGAAGGCCAUCGACGAUGCCAUCUCCAAAGACCCGCUCAAUGUCAGAUUGCAUAUGCAAAGGCUUGACAUCGCUUUGCACACACCUGGCACACCGUACGAAGUUUUAGAAGACCUGGCGAUGUCGUACGAGCGCACGGAGGGUGCGGAGGCGGAGGUGAGCGCGACGAUGGCGUGGCGACGGCGCGAGCUGGCCGAGGAGCUGGGCCCGGCCGCCGCCGCGCGCGCCGCCACGCGCCACGCGCGUGCGCUCGCCAAGCACCUGCGCAAGCGCGCGCGCAAGGACAAACACGAGCCGCCGCCGCCGCCCACCCCUUCGACUGACGCAACAAAGAAGAAAGAGAGUAGCGGCACAACAAUGACGACCGCCACUACCACGAGUAGUAGCAGCACAUAUUACCAGACGCCAGCUGCUACUGCACAGUCGUAUGACCAGUCUUACGCACAGCCGUAUCAGCCGCCUUGGGGAUACCAGCAGCCGCCGGGCCCCUACCAACAUCAUCCACACCCUUGGCCACAGUAUCCUAACUACUACUAA